UUGUCCUGCCUGACAGAGCGGCCGCUCUGUUCCCUCAGUCGGGGGGGCAAGAGUGCGCUCCGGCACCCGAGAGAGCGGCGCGCUGACUAUCCGAACAGAUUUAGGGCGUCAUAUUGCAUUUCCGAACCCGUUCACAAGUAGAACGUGUAACUAUUCAGGAAUAAUUGGGCCUCUGGAGCAAGGUAAGAGUACUUUUCGGUCCUGGCGGGCUUCCGUCCGUACGCCGGCGUCUUCCUGAAGCAAGAUGGCGGCGCGAGUCCUUCGCACGGCGCCCAAGUGGUUGGCUGGUGUCAAGCUAUCGCAACAAUCCGUCGCCACCAGCGGACAGCUUGGUGUUUCUGUCAGGAGCUUGUCGGGGUUCCAGGAUAGCUGGUUCAAAUCUCUGUUUGUCAGGAAGGUGGACCCGCGCAAGGACGCCCACUCUCACCUGCUGGCUAAGAAGGAAGACAGCAACCUGUACAAGAUCCAGUUUCACAACGUGAAGCCCGAGUGUCUGGAUGACUACAACCAACUUUGUGAGGGUGUGUUGACUUCCAUUCAUGCGGACCCGGAAUACCCUUGUGAGCUUGUAGGAACCUGGAACACGUGGUACGGAGAACAGGACCAGGCAGUCCACUUGUGGAGAUAUCGUGGAGGGUACCCGGCGCUCACAGAAGUCAUGAGCAAACUCAGGCAGAAUAAGAUGUUUUGCGAGUACAGGCGGGAGCGCGGGAAGAUGUUGUUGUCGCGCAGGAAUCAGCUGCUGCUGGAGUUCAGCUUCUGGAACGAGCCGGCCCCCCGCGCGGGGCCCAACAUCUACGAGCUGCGAUCGUACCAGCUCAGGCCCGGCACCAUGAUCGAGUGGGGCAACUACUGGGCGCGCGCCAUCGAGAUUCGGCAGCAGAACCAGGAAGCCGUCGGAGGGUUCUUCUCGCAGAUCGGAAGUUUGUACCAAGUUCACCACUUAUGGGCCUACAAAGAUCUUCAGUCCAGAGAAAACAUUCGAAACGCAGCCUGGCAGCGAGAAGGCUGGGACGAGGUCGUUUACUACACAGUGCCGCUCAUUCAGCACAUGGAAUCUCGAGUCAUGAUUCCCUUGAAGAGUUCGCCCUUAAAGUAAGCCGUGUGACCCUGUGGCACCGGGAGGAUGUUCUGCUUGAAUUUGCUUUGAGUGUGAGCUUAUGACAUGUGAGCAUCAUCGCCUUCAUCACGGAGGAAGACCUCAGCUGACAGAAAUGUUUACCGAUUCACCUUGAUUGGUUUUUGCAACGAGUAAUCAAAAACGGGAGAAUAAUAUGUUAUAAGUCCCAGUUUGGUUUUCAUGGUGAUGCUCUUCUUAGUUUUUCUGUUAAACAGGUUGAAGCUUCAAAAAGUUGCAUGUUGUUUAUUUUCUGACGAUGGUUUGAGCAGGUCUGUUUGUGUUUUUAAUGACUUAAAUGAACUGCUAAUCGGGCGGCGGGGCUGUUAGCACUUCCUGACUGGAGGAACGUGGCACUGUGGUAAAUGUUGACAGAAUCUGUGCUUGAAUGACAUUGUUGUACAUAAUGACAUUAAACUUCUAAUGAACA